CGUUGUAAAAUUGUUCUGGCAGUCAUAAUAAUAGAUGGAAUCAUGGAAUAUUGAGAAAAAAGAGUGAAGAUCUGUGUAAGUGCCGGAAGUGAGGUUACCACUACCACCACCACACCACCUCAACAGUCACCGUUAUUGAAAUGGGAACAUUGGGCAGAGCUUUCUACGCCGUCGGAUUCUGGAUCCGCGAAACCGGUCAAGCCAUUGAUCGUCUCGGUUCUCGUCUCCAAGGCAACUACUUCUUCCAAGAACAACUGUCAAGGCAUCGAACUUUGAUGAAUGUAUUUGAUAAAGCUCCUUAUGUUCAUAAGGAUGCGUUUAUUGCUCCUAGUGCUUCCAUUACUGGUGAUGUUCAGAUUGGUCAAUCUUCUUCCAUUUGGUAUGGAUGUGUUCUAAGAGGUGAUGUUAACAGCAUUACUAUUGGAUCUUCGACUAAUAUUCAAGACAAUUCUCUUGUUCAUGUUGCUAAGUCUAAUUUGAGUGGAAAGGUUUUACCUACUAUCAUCGGAGACAAUGUCACUGUAGGUCACAGUGCUGUGUUACAAGGUUGUACUGUUGAGGAUGAGGCAUUCAUUGGCAUGGGUGCAACCUUGCUUGAUGGUGUGUAUGUUGAGAAACAUGCCAUGGUUGCUGCUGGAGCUCUUGUCAGACAGAAUACAAGGAUCCCCUGUGGAGAGGUUUGGGGAGGCAAUCCAGCAAGGUUCUUGAGGAAGCUCACAGAAGAUGAAAUGACAUUCUUCUCACAAUCUGCCCUAAAUUAUUCCAAUUUGGCUCAGGCUCAUGCUGCUGAAAAUGCAAAAAAGCUGGAUGAGACUGAAUUUGUGAAAGUUCUUGGCAAGAAGUUUGCUCGACCUGACGAAGAUGCUUCACUACUCGACGCUGUUCGUGACACAACUCCAGGGAUUAACCACCCUGUGUUAGAUAAUGCUCCAAAGGCUUCUUAAUUUUAUUUCUUUUCUGAGUACCUUUUAUGUGCGAUUUCUUGGAUGUUGGCUGCUCUUGUUUCCAAUAAGUUUUGGGGAUGCUUUGGUGUUCAUACUGUUAACUUGAAUAUCAAAACACGUUGUACGUGUUGGCGUAUAUUUUUUUCUUCUUGAUAAUGACGACACAACAAUUUAGUUGUACUUAAAUCAUCCGCGGACAUAUCUGCAAUUCUACAGUUCUCUUGGGCAUGUACUUCAAAAUAAAGAAUAUUAAUUUAAGUCAAUUUGAGUGAGAAGUUUAACAUAA